GUGGGGGCAGGUGGGAGCAGAGUUGCCUUCACAAAACCAGAGACAGAAAUUAGUCUCUCUCAGGACACUAGGGGGGACCCCAAACUGAAUAGGAUCAGGGCCAGAGCUGGGGAUCUGGGACAGGAAAGGGGCCCAGACAGGAUGAAACAAAACCAGGUCGGGGGCAAAUGUCAGAGGGGAAACACCCACUUGAAUUUCCCUGACACCCAUUUCCUCGUUUGAAGCUUUCUCGAUGCACAGGAGAAGGUGAUCAGUUUACUGAGCGGGCCUGGGAGCCAGGACUCCUGGGUUCUCACCCCACUUUGCUGCAGGAUCCUGAGCAAGAUAUGUCAGUGCCUCAGUUUCCCACACACACCCAGAUCAGAGAGCCUGUCCCAAGGAUUUCUGCAGCCAGCCCAUACCUCGUGAGCUACACCCAAUCCUUGCGAAAGCCCCACCUCGAGGUACAGCCUUCCAAGAGACAGAGAAACCCACAGGGCUUGGGCAGCGGGUCCAAGGAUCAGUUCCCCUCCCUCUUCACAACUUGGGCCCUACGUCUAGUCAGGAUGGUUCUGGCUUCACCUCCCAGCCACCGGCUCCUGCUCUGCCUUUGCCGCUGAGCCUGGAGGGCGGAACAAACCCCGGCUCAGCCCAGCCAGCCGCGAGGGGCAGAAUGCGGCUUUCCAGGCAGGUCCACACAGGCAUGAAAAGAAACACGCUUAAAGCACGUGACUUGGCCCCAGCCACGUUCUCGGCAUCAUGCAUGAACAUGGUUAUUCUGGGAGGGUGGACAGGCCGCGAGCACCUCUCCUCCCCGCUGCUCAUUUCACUUUCGGGCUGAGCACACGGGUUGGCUUCAGAGAAGCCCAGGUGGUAGGUCGGGGCUGCGGCAGAGAGGCAGGCAGAGAGGGCUGCCGGGGCAGCAGGUCUCCCCCGGGCCAGAGACGCUGCGUGCCCAGGGCGACAGGGAGCAUUAGAGGCGGGUGGGGUUGGAGGAAUGUCAGCGGGAUUGAGAGCAAUGGAGGGGGCGGGUUUGGUGAAGCGAACGCUGGCAGAACUGUGUUCCGAGAGAGGGAUGUGCCAGGACUCCUGGGUUCUCCCCAGCUCCAGGAGCAAGGCUGGUUCAGGGGCCUGGCUGUGAGGCUACCUGGGUUCUUCUCCCGGCAACACCACAGCCCCAGCCUGCGACCUCAGGGAAGUCCCCACGCUGUCCCUGGAUUGCCCCCCCCUCGUCUCUCCGGACUGGAAGUUCUCUGGGGCAGGGACCCUACGUGCAGCGCCUGGUGUGGCAAGCGCUCAGGCUGCUAUCGCAAUACGCCCAGGAAAGGCGCGUCCGCCAGACAGAGAGCAGGAAAUGGUGCAGCUUUCACACCAAAGCUGCUCCCGAGUUCUUCAGCCACACCAGGGAAAACGCCAGCUUGUGGCAACCAAAAUUUUCCGUGUAAACGUGCCAGUUUCGAUGCCGCGGGUUUCUGGGUGCCAGAGUGGGAUUUCAGGUCAGAACCAGGGACCUGCCUCUGCCCCGGAAUAGCCAACAGCCCAGUGAUCAGAGCAUGGCGGUGCUGGGAACCCCGAUGCCACUCCCUGCUCCGCCUGAGGCAGAUGUCACUAUCCCAGGCGAGGACCCUGACCACCAGGCCAUGGGGCCAGUGUGUAAUUAUUACACAGAGUGGAACAGCUCCAACCCAGCAGCUGGAGAGAGGGACCCUGACUCUAGCCUGGUGGAACCCUAAGCUGGGAUGUGCCGGCGAGAUUUUCAGUUUUCCUCUGAAAAUCCAAGCCUGAGACAGUAAGAUCGAGCUUACCAAAUGCAGGGUUAUGCAAGGGACAAUCAUCCCUUUGCCUUGGGUUCCUGGCACGCCCCAAGGUCAGUGGAAUGGAACGAUCUGAAGUAUGUUUGUACUGCACCGAGCACAGCUGGGGCUGGGUCCAGGCCUGGGACUUGGAGGCACUAAUUAGUUUUCCACCUAGCCCUCCUGGUUGCAGGGAAAAACUUGAAAAUGCAACCUGAGUGUGACCCCAAAGGCUCGGCCAGGAGCAGGCACCAAAGAAGAAUCUGUAUAAAAUCUCCUGAUUUUCAAGCCAAACUCAUGAUUUUGAGAGCUCAGGGUUGGCCCCUCCAAGGUAAAAACAGACUGGUCAGUUUCACACUUGCUUAGAGUCAGUUUUAGUCAAUUUCACUCUGGGGUUCUCAGGCACCAGCACCAGGCCCUGAGGAACGCCAGGUUGCGGGGAAGGCUCAGCUCUGGGCUGGGAGUCUGACAAUCUACGGUCAAUUCUUGGUCCUGCCACCACGUCAUGGCAAGGCCAUGCCUCAGUUUCCCCAGCUGCGAAACAGCACUGACGCUGACAUCUUUUGCAAAGCGCUUGGAGACACGAGAAUGAGGGAGGCGGUUGUCAUCCUUAUUAAAAUGCUGUUUCUGGAGGAAAUAUUUGUACUGAAUGAAAGUUUGAUCAACGCCUCUGAGAAUUUAAAAACAAAACCCAGACACAAAACUCACAAACACAAGAGCCCAGAUUUACUUUGACUGGUCAGAAAACCGAGAUCAUUGUGAAAGCCACCGCUCAGGUCUGCAUUCACCCACCAGCUCCUGCAAUGACACUUGGAUGACUCAGUCACAGAGGGACAGGAACCUCCAGUGAUGCUAAACUUGGCCUGCAGGAGAAUUGUCCUCCCUCUCUCUCUCUCCCCUUCUCCACCCUGCCACAGGAAAUGGUUGGUGACAUCACUAAUUAUCACAACAACACAUGCCUGGGCAGUGAUGCCAGCUGGGUGUGGCUGAUACCAUGACAUUCCUCAAUGCAUUUUUUUUCCUUCUAGUGCUACCUACAUUUGCAAAGAUUUAUUUCAUUUCUGGACGGGGUGAAGCUGCUGCUAGGCCGUGGGGCUGCAGGGCAGUGGUGGGUCACGGUGCCCAGCGCCCACCAUCUGAGCCGGGUUCUCAGAAGGGCUCAGGUGCCAGGACGCAAUGCCAAGGAGCGGGUGCUGGGUCGCCUAGAGGCUACCGUAAUCCACCUAAUAAAUCACGUAAAGUGCCCGGCUCAUGGCGCCUUGACUGGAGCUUUCGGGUGCUACCGUAUUACCCCUCAUUAAUAAUGACAUUACCCGAGUAACAUCCCACCCCACAGCUCCCAUUGUGACACUCUCUCCAAGCGCCUUUUGAAAAGCCCGACCACCACGCUGGGAUCUUUGCAAGCUCCAGGCCUGAUCUGUGGGUGCCAGGCCUUCGGGAAGCUUGGCCUAGUUGACGUAUCCCUCGCACCCGUUUCACGCACAUGUUUAACCCCCCCCUACAAAGCUCAUGGCGCAUCUCAGAAGUGGGAAGUGAGGCAUGUGGGGAAAUUGGUGCAGGAUCGAGGUUUAUGGGCCAAUUUUUUUUUUAAACUAACAGAAACAUCGAAAACUGUCAGGUAUAAAACAAACAGCAGCGAGCGCCGCUCCCACAGCACGUGACCGAGGGCGGGUGGGAUCAUUAACCCCAUUUCACAGAACCAGAAAUUGAGGCACAGAGCAAGAAGUGACUUGCCCAGGAUGCUAGAACCAGGCCACCUGGAUACCAGGCCGUGCUUUACCGCUAGGCCACACAGCCUCCCUGUUGCCCAGAUUUCCAUAUGGACACCUACACGGCCAUGUUGUAAUUAUUCUGCUCGGAACUGGGGUUCCCCCCAAGCACCCCAACACUGCAGUUCCUUUUUCAGGUGUGGGCCUUGCCAGCUCAGACCCAGAGACCCUAGUCUAGCCUCCUCCGUGUCCAGAACCCCACCCCCAAGGCCUGUAACAGACCCCAAACCUCUGGCUGAGUCACUGACGUCCUCAGAUCCUGGUUUCAAGACUCCAAGUUACAGAGAAUUCACCACUGACACUAGCUGAAACCUGCAAGUGCCCCAAGGUGCAGAGGAAGGCGAAAACCACCCAGGGCCUCUGCCAAUCUGACCCGGGCAGAAAUU